UACUGGUUUCCUGUGAACCAAUCACGCCGUCCAGCCUCUUCUAUCCACCACAACAUACCAAAACCGCGAGCGAGGUUUGGACUACACAGCAUGGUGGGAAAAGGCUCCAUGCACACUGGUUUUUCUUCGCUUCCGAUCCAGACUCACGACCGACGGAAAUGCCCUUCUGCGACAAUCGCAGUCAAGCCAACGACGCACUUUCCCACUUGCCCCAAUCUUCGGUUCUAUAAACACGAUUCCUCCGCCUCCUAGUGCCUAGGGUUUAAGCCCGCGACAAUCCCGAUACCCUCGAUAUACGAUCUGAAUACUCCCGCCUCGCGAGCACGCCGCUCUCUGCCGUAAACGAGUUCUAGUGCGAGUGCGUCUGGUACCUUUCUAUUGCUACGAUUCGGGCUCUGGGUUGGAUCUGAGAAGUCGAGCUGCUCCGUUAGCUUAAGGCAACCGUCACAUGGCCACCCGCGAAUAGCCUCAACCGUAGACGAUAUAGGCACCUAUCAAUACGCCACUCACAGCCCGCCCGCCUCGAAAUGGGGCUCCCUAACUCGGCCGUCGCCGGCCAACUGCGACAGCUGGUUCACUACCAUCUCGAUAACAUAUCUUAUAGCAACGCUCUCUUUUUCGCUGAACGAUUAGCUGCGCAGGAUCCUCGCUCUACCGAAUCUCCAUACCUUCUCGCUCUUUGUCAUUUUCGGCUCGGUGACUACCAAUCGGCUUACGAAAUCAGUAAAGCUGUCGGAUACCGUGGGAGCAAUGUUUCCUGCUCAUACAUUUUUGCACAAACAUGCCUCGUUCUCGAGCGGUAUAAGGACGGCAUCAUGGUGCUGGAGAAGUCCAGAGCGUUAUGGCCCCGCAAGUCCAAUCUAGGGAAGCAUUGUGCAACUAAUAGAGCGCAGCAUCCGGAUACGGCUAGCAUGGCUUGCUUGCUCGGAAAGCUCUACAGGGCUUACGAUGACAAGAAGAAGGCAAUCGUCAACUUUGAAGAGUCUCUAAAGCUGAACCCGUUUAUGUGGGAUGCGUUUACGGCCUUAUGCGACAUGGGCGUUAAUGUGAGGACAAGCAAUAUCUUUAAACUUAACGAAACAUUUCUAGAGAGCCUGAACACCGACCAACCUAUUGGUAUCCUAUCGGAACAAAAGGACAACGCUGUCACCAAUCCGACGGAGCUGCAGUUCAGGAAGGCCAGCGGCCGUCCCGCCAUCUUUGAUACUAUAGACCCUUUCGACCCUCAAAGAUCAGUGGCCGCGAGCGGGCCACAGCCCGGCGCCAAUUACCUGUCGGGUUCUGGUGUGAAUGACUUCAUGUCCAAAGUCAACGCAGCUCGGCCGAGGAUGACGGCUGCUGCGGAGCUGGGACCCGAGGUUGUGGAGACGCCAACAGCUGCCUACAGCGACUCGACAGUUCCUCGAGUCAACUGUCCACCAGAGCCUCCCCAGGCACCAACUAGAAAAACAAGGCAUGCCCAGCCUAUCGAAGCCGGUCUUGCGGAUAUACCCCCUAAGGCGGGCUACCGAAUUGGCGCUAAGAGAACCCUGAAAUUGCAAGACAAGCCCCAGGAGGACCUCCUGUCGGAAUCCAACCCGGCCCUUCUAAAACCUUCCGCCUCGGCCGUGACUGGCAUCGAGAGGAAGAGGACCGUAUCCGGCCACCUUGUCCACCCGAGGCAGCAUCCUGAAGAGCCCGGAGCCCCGCAAAGGAGGAGUGCGAGAAUAAACAUGUUUAGGAGUGCCAAUGCGAAGGCUAAUUCCGGCGCGCCGACCGUUGGCGCCUCCCGAGAGCUGAAAAAGACGAGACCCACCGCCUCCAGGAUCGUUCGGCCAAAUUCGAGCGGCUCCAAUGUCGGCAGAGCCGUUAGCGGCAACAGGAAGCCGCUGGAGGAGAACGGGAUGGACGUGGACCAGGCAGAGGCGCCGCGAGUCAAGGAAGCCUACCCUCAGCCUCCGAUCGCGAAACCCGCGGAGUCCGAGUCCGUAAGGGUCGAGGAGACGUCGAAAUAUCUUCUGGAAUUAUUGAAGAAGUUCGGCUCCGGCUACUUCGCGCUAUCGCAGUAUCGAUGUGCCGAAGCUUUGGACUCGUACGCCUCGCUGCCACGGACGCAUCAAGAAACGCCGUGGGUGCUCUCGCAAGUGGGCCGGGCGUAUUACGAGCAGGCGGCAUAUGCGGAGGCGGAAAAGUACUAUAGGAGGUUGCGCAUCCUUGCUCGCACUCGACUCGAAGAUAUGGAAGUGUACUCGACCAUCUUGUGGUUUCUCAAGAGGGAGACGGACCUGUCUUUCCUCGCGCACGAGCUCGUCGACCUGUCAUGGCACUCUCCUCAGGCGUGGUGCGCGCUAGGCAACGCCUGGUCGCUCGCACGAGACCACGAGCAGGCGCUGCGCUGCUUCAAGCGAGCCACCCAGCUGAACCCCAAAUUUGCUUACGCGUUCACCCUGCAGGGCCACGAGCACGUCUCGAAUGAGGAGUACGAGAAGGCCCUCACGGCCUACCGGCAGGCCAUCUCAGCCGACCGUCGGCAUUACAACGCGUAUUACGGCAUCGGUCGGGUUUACGAAAAGCUCGGCAACUACGACAAGGCGUACAUACACUUCCACUCGGCAUCGGUCAUUAACCCCAGCAACGCGGUCUUGAUCUGCUGUAUCGGGAACGUGCUGGAGAAGCAACGGCAGAUCGUGCAGGCUCUCCAGUUCUUCACCAAGGCUACCGAGCUCGCGCCCCGUGCGGCCCAGACGCGUUACAAGAAAGCCAGGGCCUUGCUCGCUCUCAACCAACUAGACGAAGCUCAGAGAGAGCUCGAAAUACUAAAAACCCUCGCGCCCGAAGAAGCCACAGUGCACUUCCUCCUCGGGAAGCUGUAUAAGAGCUUGAACGACAAAGGGUCCGCCGUACGGCAUUUCACUAUAGCGCUUAAUCUUGACCCCAAGGCGAGCCAGCAGAUUAAAGAAGCCAUCGAGAGCCUCGAAGACGACGACGACGGCUUUGACGAUUCUAUGAUGGCAUGAUGUAAAACACGAAACCACCCCCCUUGUAUUUUCUGGGCGGAAUUGCUUCUGCCGUCACGGCACGAGCUUGUACGUGGCGGCUUUCUCGCGGUCUCGAGCACGGGGGAGGGUCUGGCAAGGCAUAUGCAUCGGCGUUCGGAAGGGGAUGGAAGGGCCCAUCGGGUUCGCCACUAUUAGGAAAAUCAGUGGUUUUGUGUAUAAGUACGGCAGGGGUUUGCAUGGUGACAAAAGUGUACAGUAAGGGCGACGGGCCGCAUCACGAUCCACUUGGGAGGCUCUGCAUAAUACGGGGAAUUCACGAGCAUUCAAUCAUGGUUUGGGCACGCCGUCUCCGCGUCUACGUAUCCUGCUGUAUCGCACGGGCAGGACGGUGCAACCCGGCACGGGUUUGACCUUGACAGCCCUAACCGCUACGCGCACGCUCACUCGGAGCAGGCGAUUCACGCGGACCAGGGACCGGAAUUGGGUACCUAGCUAGUCUAGGCGUGUAGCAGCGCAUUCGGAAUUCCAUAGCGACGGGAAGUGCUACGUACUCUUCGUGGCGUAUUCGUAUAGAGGUAGACACGGUAUAGACAACGCGUCUCCUCACUCCGGAUAGAGGGGAGGAGUAUCGUGAUUGGUUUAGUGGGAUGGAUGGCGUUUGUCCAUGAGUAUUGUGUCAGGCGGCACGUGCCUGGGCAGAU